GUUAUAAUUUAUUUUGUUUAUAAUUAAUUUAUAUUGGAUCGGAUCUAAAAAUUAUCUCAUUGGCUUACCGCCAUUUCCUCCGAAUGGUUCAGUGGCGAAGCCUGCGGUGAAGGGCCCCACGUCUAUUCUCUCACUCUGUUCUGUCAACAGCUCGCGAUUGCAAAAGCGCUGCUGGAGGCCACUCUUCUCCUCCUCCAUCGGCUCCUCCUCCUCAGCUAGCUACAUCUAUGGCGCUAAUUAUCCUCUUUCACUCUCUCCUCGAUCCAUUGCGGUAAAUUUGCCGCGGAUUUUGACUGCGGGAGCGUGAAACAUUCCCACCUCCCUGUUCCUUCGUCCUCCGUUCAUCACGACGACCGGCGUCGAACAGUUCUGAUGGCCGAGUCAAGUGACUGUGCUCCCCCAUCCGCUCUUAUCUGGGAGGAAGACGGGCCGGGUUUGGAUGACGAAGACGACGACGGUGUCCUGAAGAAUGACAUGGCGGCGCUCUGCAACGAGAUACUCGCCCUGGAAGCAGACGGCGAAUACGUAGAGUGGCUGUUGAGCAGAGAGAAGGAUCGCGAGAGCAGAACUCGCGACUCGUCGCCCGAGAGCUCGUGCGACCCCGCUCGUUCUGGUGCCAUUCGAUGGAUUGUUGAAGUCGGCUGUCAUCUGUCGAUACGUCGAUCGGUUCCUUCGUCUCUUGGAUUGUCUGUUCCUGAUGGGUUCCCCCUUCGGUUUCUCUUGCAGGCGCAGCGCUGUUUCCGAUUCGGAUUGAGAACGGCGUACACCGCGGUGGCGUACUUUGACCGCUUCUUUGCGCACAAAACCAUUGACGCAAUGAAAGGCAAAACCUGGGCACUCGAAUUGCUGUCGGUGGCAUGCUUGUCGUUGGCGGCGAAGAUGGAAGAACACAGCGCGCCUGCGGUCUCAGAAUUCCGAGUGAAAGGCUACAGAUUCAGCAGCGAAGCAGCACAGAGAAUGGAGCUUUUUGUCUUGAGUACAUUAGAGUGGAGGAUGCUUACCGUCACGCCUUUCGCUUAUCUGAAUGUCUUCGCAUCCAAGUUUGAUGAACGUGGACAGAAGGGAUUGAUAUCCAAAGCCAUCGACUUCAUCUUUGCAGCUAUGGAAGUGAUGAAUUUAGUGGAUUUCCAACCAUCAACUAUAGCUGCUGCAGCAGUUCUCGCUGCAUGGGAUGCAAGGUUGACUAAAAGGUUGGUGGAAUCCAAGACGAGUCUACUCUCGUGCUGUGGAUCGUUGGACGCCGAGUAUGUGUUCUCCUGCUACAGUCUCAUUGUUCUCGAGUCACACAAGGAGAAGGCGAGAGCAGCGACGUUUCUGGCUUCAUCCGGGACAUCACCUGCAAACUGUGAGAGCACCACCGACACCGGCACCGGCAGCACUGUCUCUCUUGCGACGACAAGCAGCAAGAGAAGAAGGUUGCAAUGAUCCGAGUGGAAAUCGGAUGCUAAUGGACCAU